UGUGCCAGAGCCAUGGCGAUGGCACAAAGGAGCCUGACACUGGGCUGGGUGGCUGCCAUCUUGCUGCUGCAGAUGGCCGUGGCAGAGCACCUCAGGUGGACCUUGAAUGGCAGGCCCCGGGUAUUCUCGGACCUGAGUGUUUUCGAGAUGAAGAUUGUGCACGACUUCCUGAUGGACAAAAAGGAGCUGCAGCUGCAACCAUCCAGGACCCCAACUUUGGCCAAGAACUCAGUAUACCUCAUAGAGAUGCUGCUGCCUGAGAAGAGGGACGUGCUGGAUUUUCUGGACAAAGGAAAAAGGAGUCCAGUGCGGGAAGCCCGUGUUGUCAUCUUCUUUGGUGCUCAGGAGCACCCUCAUGUCACUGAGUUCGCUGUCGGGCCCCUGCCAGUACCAAUCUACAUGCGAGAAAUAUCUCCCGGGCCCGGGCGCUAUCCAUCCUGGGCAUCCAGACCCAUCUCCAAAGCAGAGUACAGCCUCAUCUACUGUGCCCUGAUGAAUGCCACGGAGCCUCUCCACCAGUUCUUCCUUGACACCACCGACUACUCACUAAAGGACUGCCUUGAGCAUUGUCUCACCUUCACGUACGUGGCCCCCCACGGCACAAAGUCUGGCCAGCGCCGCAGCUGGUUCAUCCUGCAACGCUAUAUGGCCGGCCACUUCCUGCAGCCCACAGGCCUGGAGGUCCUUCUGGACCACGGGAGCUCAGACGUCCAGGACUGGAGAGUGCAGCAACUCUGGUAUAACGGCAAGCUCUACAGCAGCGCGGAGGAACUGGCUCAGAAAUACGCCAGUGGAGAAGUGAGUGCGCUUGUCCUCAUGGAGUCAGGACCCAAGGACUCAGAGAAGCCCCCAGUCUCCUCUCUCUCCGGCACCCCGGUGGAAUUCCCCACUACUGUCAGCAUGGCUAGCCCCAGCGUGGCUGAGCCCCAUCUUCCCCGCUAUAACAUAGAGGACAACACAGUGUUCUAUGGAGACUGGCUCUUCUCCUACCGGCUACGACCCUCUUCCGGCCUGCAGAUCCUGAACGUGCACUUCCGGCGUGUGCGCAUUGCGUAUGAGGUCAGCGUGCAAGAGGCUGUGGCGCAGUUUGGAGGACAUAUACCUGCAGGCACUCAUACCAAGUACAUGGAUGUGGGCUGGGGCCCAGGCAGUGCCACUCGCCAGUUAGUCCGGGGCAUUGACUGCCCAGACACAGCUACCUUCCUGGAAGUCAUCCACCACUAUGACACCGACAAGCCAGUCUCCUACCCACAAGCUCUCUGCCUCUUUGAGAUGCCGGCAGGAAUGCCAAUUAGGCGCCACUUCAACUCCAACUUUAGAGCCGACUUCAACUCCAGUGCGGGGACGAAGGGACACAUGCUGGUGUUACGGACAAGCUCGACAGUCCACCACUAUGACUACCUUUGGGACUUCAUCUUCUACCCUAAUGGGGCAAUGGAGGCAAAGAUGCAAGCCACUGGCUUGGUCCAUGCCUCCUUCUACCAGCCUGAGGAGAAGAGCUACAUCUCUCAGUUGCACACCCACCUGUUCAGCAAAGUCCACACCCACUUAGCACAUUACCGUCUUGACCUGGACAUAGCAGGCAGCAAGAACAGCUUCCAGACACUGCAGAUUCAGGAAGGCAUCGCCAACUCUAAGAGCCUGAGACAGCAUGCAAUCCAAAACAACCUAAAGCCAAUGAAUUACUCACAGGAGCGCCAGGCAGCCUUCCACUUUGGAAAGCCGCUUCCCAAUUACCUGUUCUUUAGCAACCUCCACAGGACCCAUUCGGGCCAGAGGAGCACCUACCGCCUGCAGAUCUACUCCAAAAUCCAUCACGUGCGACUGCCAGGUUGGCAGAAGAGGCGUGGUGUCUCUUGGACCAGGUACCCCUUGGCUGUGACCAAAUACCAGGAUUCUGAGAGGUGCAGCAGCAGCAUCUACAGCCAAAAUAAUCCCUGGGAUCCCCCUGUAGUCUUUGAGGAUUUCAUUCGGAACAAUGUGAACAUUGAAGAUAAGGAUUUGGUGGCCUGGGUCACAGUGGGAUUCCACAACAUGCCCUAUUCUAAGAACAGUACCGACAUGGCUGCACCCAGGAACAUUGUGGGCUUUGUGUUUCGGCCCUUCAACUCCUUCAUGGCUUCUAGAGACACCCAGCUAUAA